AACACCGUCCAAACCCAAACGCGUCACUUAUAAAUAAUUUUCACCAAAGCACGCCGGCAUAUUCGCUCUCAACAAGUCUCAAUUCUCUUUUCCAUCGUUUUCUUUUUCAAUUUCUUUUCCUUUUCCUUUUCUUAGAACUAUUCACGUUCCCAAACAAAAGACAGGAAAAAUAUAGUUACGUUUUUAAACAUGUUAGAGCAGUUACUCAUUUUUACUAGAGGAGGGUUGAUCCUCUGGACAUGUAAAGAGCUUGGAAAUGCUCUUAAGGGAUCACCCAUUGACACCUUGAUCAGGUCCUGCCUCUUGGAGGAACGAUCUGGUGCCGCAUCGUAUAAUUAUGAUGCUCCUGGUGCCUCGUAUGCUCUCAAAUGGACAUUCCACAAUGAACUUGGACUUGUAUUCGUUGCGGUGUAUCAACGGAUUCUUCAUCUUUUGUAUGUGGAUGAUUUGCUUGCUAUGGUGAAGAAAGAGUUUUCAGAGAUUUACGAUCCGAAACGGAUGGUUUACAGUGACUUUGAUGAUAUAUUCCGGCAGCUUAGGAAGGAGGCCGAGGCUCAUGCUGAGGAAAUGAAGAAAUCAAAGCAGGUUGGUAAGCCUAUGAACAACAAUCUGGGUAAGAAGCAAGGGCAAGUGCAAAAGGGUGGUCUUGAGGGAGGUAAUAAAAAAAAGAGUGGUGGUGAAUCAGGGAAUGAUGGUGGGGAUGGUGAUAGUUUUAGGGGUAACAAAUUGGAAAAUGGUCACUCCAAUGGUAAUCAUGUUGGAAACGGGGAAUAUCCUGCACCAGCUAAUGUAAAUGGUAAAGAGAAUGUGAGCUCAAAUAAUGGGGCUUUCGAUGUAAGUAAGCUGCAGAAGCUCAGGGCUAAAGGUGCAAAGAAAACUGAUACUAUUGUUAACAAGGGUUCCAAGCCGGAACCAAAGAAAAAGGUAACAAAGAAAAAUAGGGUUUGGGAUGAAUCACCUCCAGAGUCAAAAUUGGAUUUUACAGAUCCAGUGAGUGAGAAUGGGGAUGAGAAUAUAGCAGUUGUGGCAGCGGAUCAAGGUGAGAGUAUGAUGGACAGAGACGAGAUUCUCAGUAGUGAAAGUGAAAGUGAAAGUGAAAGUGAAGAGGCAGAGGAAGCAGGGAAGGAUCAUAAGGUUGAUACAAAGAAGAAAGGAUGGUUUUCAACCAUGUUCCAAAGUAUUGCUGGGAAGGCAAAUUUGGAGAAGGCAGACCUUGAACCAGCUUUGAAAGCUCUUAAGGAUAGGCUCAUGACUAAGAAUGUGGCCGAGGAAAUAGCUGGAAAACUAUGCGAAUCAGUGGCAGCAAGUCUUGAGGGUAAAAAGCAUGCCUCCUUUACCAGGGUAUCUUCAACAGUUCAGGCAGCAAUGGAAGAGGCUCUUGUUCGCAUCUUGACUCCCAAACGCUCCAUUGAUAUUUUAAGAGAUGUUCAUACUGCCAAGGAACAGCGUAAACCUUAUGUUGUGGUUUUUGUUGGAGUUAAUGGAGUUGGGAAAUCUACAAAUCUUGCUAAGGUGGCUUAUUGGCUUCUGCAGCAUAAGAUCAAUGUCAUGAUGGCUGCAUGUGAUACAUUCCGCUCUGGAGCUGUUGAGCAGCUGCGUACACAUGCACGUAGACUUCAGAUCCCUAUAUUCGAGAAGGGUUAUGAAAAAGAUCCGGCAAUUGUAGCGAAGGAAGCAAUUCAAGAGGCCACUCGAAUUGGUUCUGAUGUGGUUCUUGUGGAUACAGCUGGUCGUAUGCAGGAUAAUGAACCACUAAUGAGAGCACUGUCAAAGCUUAUCUACAUCAACAAUCCUGACUUGAUCCUGUUUGUUGGCGAGGCACUGGUUGGGAACGAUGCUGUUGAUCAGCUAUCAAAGUUCAAUCAGAAAUUGGCCGACUUCUCACCCUCUCCUAAUCCCAGAUUGAUCGAUGGAAUUCUGCUCACCAAGUUUGAUACCAUUGAUGAUAAGGUUGGAGCGGCGCUGUCGAUGGUUUAUAUAUCUGGAUCACCAGUCAUGUUCGUUGGAUGUGGUCAGUCAUACACAGAUUUGAAGAAGUUGAAUGUCAAGUCCAUCGUCAAGACCCUCCUAAAAUAAGAAUAUUUCCUGGUCUCAACCAGUUUAUUAUUCCUGCAUGCUAUCCUUCGGCCUGUUAUGUACCUUUGUGUCCCUGCUACAAGCUAUAUAUUGUCCCCGUGUUCUCAUUACUUUGAUGUUGGAGAUGAAUUAGUCGCUUGUAAUUGUAAUUUGUGUUGGUUAUAUUUAGGGCAAAUUUUAUUUUAUCCCUACGUGAUUUUGUCGUCCCG